AUGCCACCUUACACAGCCAGGCAUAUUAUAAGUAUUUCUAGUCUAGCUUUAGCAGGUUUUGGAGGCGCAUAUCUUUGGCAACAACGACAACAACACCAAAGGAAUUAUUUUCAGUCACAGUCAUCCUCCCCGGUUCCUCCUAAGCUAUCAACUCCAAAGACGUCAAGCAACAUGGCGUCCAUCACAACCCCUUUCCAGACCCUUUUCGCCGUGCCCAUGCACUGCCAAAGCUGCGUCGACAAUGUCUCCAGCGCGCUCUACAAGCUCCCCGGCAUCACAAAAGUCUCAGCCAACCUCAAGGACCAGCUGCUCACGAUAGAAGGUACUGCCGCGCCCUCCGCCAUCGUCGACACCAUCCAGUCGACAGGCCGCGACGCCAUUUUGCGUGGCUCCGGCUCCUCCAACGGCGCCGCCGUCAGCAUCCUCGAGACCUACCACAAGCCUACCCUGGACGCCAUCAAGCCCGCCCCGGGCGCCUCGGACCGCAUGGUCCGUGGCCUGGCGCGCAUGGUGCAGGUGAACGACUCCACCACGCUCGUCGACCUCACGCUGCGCGGCAUCGCGCCGGGUACCUACCGGGCCACGAUCCGCGAGUUCGGCGACCUCGCGCGGGGCGUCGAGUCUGCGGGACCCGUGUGGUCGGGCACUGCCACGCUGACUGCCGCCACCAAGGCGCAAGUGUCUGACCCAACUGCCCCGCGCGGCGUGUUGGGGACGGUGGAGAUCAGCAAGGACGGACACGGGAGCGUGUUUUUGAGUCAUCCGUUCCAGAUCUGGGAGGUGAUUGGGCACGCGUUUGCUGUGGCGCCCGUGUCGGUGGAAAAGGAGGAGGGCAAGGGAGGCGCGGCGACGGCGUUGGAUAAUGAUGAGAAUACGGUGGUGGGUGUCAUUGCGAGGAGCGCGGGCGUGUGGGAUAAUGACAAGACGGUGUGUUCGUGCACGGGGAAGACGUUGUGGGAGGAGCGGAAGGAUGAGGUUAACAAGGGGAUGCUGUGA